UCCAGAGAUUCUCUCGUGGGGCCAUUGGGUUGAGAACAGGAAGUCUGUAGUUUGCUGGUUCCUGUUGUGCGUGUUUGUGUGCCUGCGCCACUGAUACGUUUGGACGGCAGGAGAUAAGAUGCUGAGAGUUUGACUGUGGGCGUGCGGGUGCGUGAUAGUGUGUAACUGUAAAGCGGAGGGGAGUUGUCCGUUAUUGUGUCUGCGAGCGAACGACAUCAACGGUUCGAGUGAUGUAUGAAAACUGCAGCGCCGGCUGUUUGGUUUCUCUUCGCCGGGGAUUUUGUCACACGUCAGUGUGUGCGCGUGUGCACGUACGCGUGUGUGGUGUGUGUGUUGGUCAUAACACAUCAACUUCCUCCACAUCCACGUGUGCUGACACUAACUCAUAACCUCACUCAGUGUUGCUUCUGCUUCGGGUGAGAGCACAUGCCUAAAAUGUGAGGCGUGCGAGCCUUUUUUUUAUUAAUACAACGUUUGUGUAGCACCGCGACUCGUGCGCCUCAUUCAGCCGGCGAUGAGCUUCAGGAGCAAAAUCACCUUCAGGAAGAAAAUAAAGAGCAAACGGGUGCGAUCCGACUUCAACCGGCUGAGCAUUCAGGAGAAGCCGAAAGUGAUCGACCCUCUCGACUAUGAGACUGUUAUCUCUGAACUGGGCGACGAGUUUAAGGACGACUCCCUCAAAGACCUGCUCCUCUUCCCCGACAAUGAUUUCUCCGUGUCAAUGGUGCCUCAGGAGAGACGGACCCUCAAGUCGACGGUUCCAGAGGGGGCGGAGCUACAGGCUGAAUGUCUGCUGGUCAGACAGGCUUGCAAGUAUUACAACUCCGAGCUGAACGUGCUCCAGUUCAAGUAUGAUGAGUACGCUGGAGACUAUCGCCUGCUGCCCAGGAAGCUGUACAAAGCAGAGAAGCUGCCGUCCCACUCCUUUGAGAUUGAUUACGAGGAUGUGGACAAGGAUGAGGACACCACAUCCCUGUCCUCAUCCAAAGGGGGAGGAGGAGGAGGCGGUGGUGGGGGCGGAGGGGGGAACGGUGUGUUUCGAUCAGGCUGGUUAUACAAAGGAAACUUUAACAGCACCGUCAACAACAGCAUUACUGUGCGGUCGUUUAAGAGGAGAUAUUUCCAGCUCACGCAACUGACCGACAACUCCUACAUCAUGAACUUCUACAAAGAUGAAAAGAUUUCUAAGGAGCCCAAAGGAUGCAUCUUCCUGGACUCGUGCACUGGCGUGGUGCAGAAUAACCGACUGAAGAAACACGCCUUCGAGCUGAAGAUGAACGAGGUUACCUACUUUGUGCUGGCCGCAGAGAGUGAGCAGGACAUGGAGGAGUGGAUUAGCACUCUGACCCGCAUCCUACAGAUCAGUCCCCACGAUGGGCCCGCUCCGGACCGGAAGAGCCUCGACCUCACCGAUCACCGGCAGGGUGAGAUUAAUGUGUUCGACCUGUCGCUGAACGAUGGCUGCUUGCAGGAAAAUGAGAGCGCUACAGAGAAUGGCAUCAACCCAGAGCUAGCAAAGUACAUCUCAGAGACAGAUGAGGGAAUACGUGCUGCCAGGAGAGAGGAGCGGCUCAAUCUCUUCUCUCUCGACCCAGACACUCCUGUUCUGAGGAGCCCACGCGCUGAACAUUCGUCAAGUGAAAACUCAGCAGUGCGUCCGUUCGAGGAGAAGCUGGGCAGGAGGUUCAUGAUAAACUGUCGAUCACUCAACUUCAUGCUGCAGGGCUGCAUCAGCGAGAGUGAAACGGGGCCCGUCACUAACAUCGAACCCUUCUUCGUGACGCUCGCCCUGCUGGACGUUCGCGAAGGGAGGAAGGUUUCUGCAGAUUUCCACGUAGACCUCAACCACGAAGCGGUGCGUCAGAUGCUCGGCGGCUCCGCCAACGGGACGGGCUGCCCGGGGGCCGGGGCCGGGGCUCUGGAGAACGGCCUCUGCUCUCCUGCUGAGAAGAAGCCCGGCGACUGCUACCUCAGCGCCGAUCUGGAGCAGUGGCUCUGCUUUCCCAAGCAGGCCAUCUUCUCAGUGACCAACCCCCACACAGACAUAGUGAUGGUGGCAAGAGUGGAAAAGGUGCUGAUGGGGAAUAUCGCUUGUGGGACUGAGCCUUAUAUCAAGAACACAGACUCCAGCAAGACUGUUCAGAAGAUUCUGAAGUCCAACAAACAGUUCUGUAAUAAACUGGGGAAAUACAGAAUGCCGUUCGCCUGGUCCGUCAGGCCACUUUUUAAGGACAACCAUGGAGCUUUGGAUCGAGAGUCUCGCUUUUCUCCCCUCUUCAAACAAGAGAGCAACAAGAUUUCCACAGAGGACCUGAUUAAGCUGGUGUCUGAGUACAGGAGGGCUGAGAAGACGAGCAAGCUGCAGACUAUCCCCGGGACGCUGGACAUUGCAGUUGACUAUGUACCGAUGGAGCAUCCUAACUCCGUGACGUCAUCCUACGUGCCCGUGAAGCCCUUUGAGGAGCUGAGCCAGCACCAGCCCACGGUGGAGGUGGAGGAGUUCGUCCAGGACGCCACCAAGUUCACCCAGCCGCACCGCGUCUACAGGAACCACAUCUACGUCUACCCCAGACACCUGAAGUACGACAGCCAGAAGAGCUUCGCCAAGGCUCGUAACCUCGCCGUCUAUGUAGAGUUCCGCAGCUCCGACGAAGAAGUCGCCAAACCGUUAAAGUGCAUCUAUGGGAAGCCAGGAGGACCAGUCUUCACCACAGCAGCCUGCUCCAUAGUCCUCCAUCACUCUCAGAACCCCGAUUUCUACGAUGAGGUGAAGAUCGAGCUUCCGACCCAACUGCAUGAAAAGCACCACCUCCUCUUCUCCUUUUACCACGUCACCUGUGACAUCAAUGCAAAAACUAACUCUAAGAGGAAAGAGACCCUGGAGACGCCAGUGGGCUAUGCUUGGCUGCCUCUGCUCAAAGAAGGUCGCCUGUCAUCUCAGGAGUUCAACAUCUCCGUCUCCUGUAACCUCCCACCUGGAUACCUGGCCAUCAAGGAGGCGAGCAACACAAAGAAUGGGGCAGAUGUGAAAUGGGUUGAUGGCGGAAAAGCCAUUUUCAAAGUGUCCACCAAUGUCGAAUCCACUGUAUACACCCAGGAUCCCCACCUGAACCGAUUCUUUCAGCAGUGCCAGAAAAGAGAGCUGGACCUCUCCGCAGCUCCUACCUCCAACUUCCUCAACUGCCUAAAGGGUCUCCUCAGCAUGGAGAGGAUCCCAGUGAUUAUCCAGUUCCUGCCUGUGCUCUUUAACCAGCUGUUCAAGGUUCUGACGCAGAACGACAAUGAUGAGGUCACUACUGCCACCACCAGAGUGCUGUUCCACAUUGUUUCAAAGUGCAAUGACGAAAACCUGACUCACUACCUGCACUCCUACAUCAAGUAUGUGUUCAAGUCAGAGGCCCACGGCUUCAGGACAGUCCACGAGGAGCUGGCCAAGGGGAUGACCUUUGACCUGAAGAGCAACGAGCAGGCUGCAGUGAGGAACGUCCUGAAGUUCUCGUGGUUCUUCUUCGACCUGAUUGUCAAGUCCAUGGCCCAACAUCUGGUUGACUCCGACAAGGUAAAGCUUUCCAGACCUCAGCGUUUCCACACAUCCUACCUGAGCCGCGUGGAGACCCUGGUGGAGACGGUGUCUGAGCACAUUUUCUGGAAAUACAAAGACAUGGCCGAGGAGACGCGCAGCGCCAACUUGGCCGUGGCCGCGUUUGUCAAGCGUUGCUUCACGCUGAUGGACCGAGGCUUCACAUUCAAACUCAUCAGCAACUACAUAAACAUGAUCACCGCCACUGACAGCAAGGUGUUGUGUGAGCUGAAAUUUGAAUUCCUGAGGGAGGUGUGUAACCACGAGCACUACAUUCCCCUCAGCCUGCCCUUGCCGUCCGCUCGUAUUGCAGACCAUGCAUCACCAGAGCCACAAAGCACCCAUGUGUCCGUGCCUGAGUACAAUCUGACCGGGGAGUUCUGCAGGAAGCACUUCCUGACGGGCCUGCUGCUUCGGGAGCUGGGGCUGGCGCUGCAGGACGAGCAGGACCUGAGACACCUGGCGCUGGCCACGCUGAAGACUCUGAUGGCCAAACAUUCUCUGGACGCACGCUACGCCACCAAGGACAAGCAGGCGAGGAUUGCGUCUCUUUACCUGCCCCUGUACGGCCUGAUAUUGGACAACAUGCCUCGAUUCUUCCUCAGGGACCUCUUCCCCAUGUACAUCCCCUCAAGUGACCAAGGCUCCCGAGAUGAUAUCAGUGUAAGUGGUGGUGCUGGAGGGGUUACUGUUACUCGCCAUGGCAACUCAGUGGAUGCCUCGUUUUCCAAAGAAGUACUGAACUCUAUCACAGUCUUCUCGUCCUUGGCCAUCGCCACGGGCAACCAGGCCGACUCUCGGGGAUCUCUGAUCAGUGUGGACUCCAACCCUAGCAACAGUGACAGGAACAGCGAGAAGAUGGACGGGUGUGAGAAGUUUGCUCGCCCUCAGUCGCUGAUCGGCUACGGCUCUCGCUGUGACAAGCUGGACCAAGCGGAGACGCGCAGUCUGCUCAUGUGCUUCCUGCACAUCAUGAAAACCAUAUCUGAGGAUGUGCUGGUGUCCUACUGGCAUCGGGCCAUUCACCAGGAGAUUUCAGACUUCUUCAACAUCCUGGAACUGUGUCUGCAGCAUUUCCGCUUCCUUGGAAAGCGCCACAUAGCGAGGAAGCUAGCAGCGGCAGUAAAGCUGGCCCAGUCCACCCAGGCCAAUGGCACCCUGAAGGCCUCUAACAACCCCACCCACACCUUAAGCAUCCUUCCACAAUGGAUCGCAUCGUCUGGAGGCGAGGGCCAUCGGCACGCUCGCUCUCAGACCAUGCCCAUCAUCAGGGGGAAGAACGCCCUGACCAACCCCAAGCUGCUGCACAUGAUGGAAACAGAUGGAGCCAUUCAGGAGGGCGACACGCUGAGCCCCACGGACAUCGAGGCCAACCUGUCCACCGAGGUGGCCCUCACGGUGCUGGACGUGCUGGAGCUCUUUGUUAACAAUCACAAGAAGCUGUUGCUGCAGGAUGACGGGCAGAAUGCUUUAAUGAAGAAGGUGCUGGACACCUACCUGCUCUUCUUCCAGAUCAGCCAGUCCACCGCGACCCUGCGGCACGUCUUCGCCGCGCUCAGGCUCUUUGUGCAAAAGUUCCCCAGUGCAUUUUUCCAGGGCAAGGCCGACCUGUGCGGCUGCCUGUGCUACGAGAUGCUCAAGUGCUGCAACCACCGAUCCAGCUCCACGCAGACGGAGGCGGCGGCCCUGCUCUAUUUCUUCAUGAGGAAGAACUUUGAGUUCACCAAGGGCAAGUGUAUAGUCCGCUCACACCUGCAGAUUAUCAAAGCAGUGAGCCAGCUGAUAGCAGAUGCCGGCAUCGGGGGCUCCCGCUUUCAGCAGUCCCUGGCUAUCAUCAACAACUUUGCCAACGGAGAUGCGCCACUUAAGAGCACGCCGUUCCCGGCAGAGGUGAAGGACCUGACCAAGCGGAUCAGGACCGUUCUGAUGGCCACGGCCCAGAUGAAGGAGCACGAGAAGGAUCCGGAGAUGCUGGUGGACCUGCAGUACAGCCUGGCCAAUUCCUACGCCAGCACGCCGGAGCUGAGGCGCACAUGGCUGGAGAGCAUGGCCAAGGUCCACGUCCGCAACGGCGACCUCUCAGAGGCCGCCAUGUGCUACAUCCACAUCUCGGCGCUGAUCGCCGAAUCGCUGAAGAGGAGAGGCUACUGGAGAGCUGACAAGGCCAGGAUGUCCAGUGUGUCCUCUGAAGAGAGCCCUGUCUAUAACUGUAGCUCCUUACUAACUACCUCCCGAGAUCAAGACACAUCGUUCUCCAUGGGCUGGGCAGCGUUUAUGUGCAUGAGUCCCAAUGUGGAGGAGGAGGGCGCCAUGAAGGAAGACGCUGGUACCCAGGACACACCCUACACUGAGGACACGCUGGUGGAGCAGCUGGUGCUGUGCGUGGACUACCUGUGGAAGUCGGAGCGAUACGAGCUCAUCGCCGACAUCAACAAACCUGUGAUUGUCGUCUUUGAGAAGCGGCGGGAUUUCAAGAGGCUGUCGGAGCUGUACUACGACAUCCACCGCUCGUACCUCAAGGUGACGGAGGUGGUGAACUCCGAGAAGAGGCUCUUCGGCCGCUACUAUCGCGUAGCGUUCUAUGGACAGGGUUUCUUUGAGGAGGAAGAGAGCAAAGAGUUCAUCUACAAAGAGCCUAAACUGACAGGGCUGUCAGAAAUCUCCCAGCGGUUGCUCAAACUCUACACAGACAAGUUUGGAAUCGACAAUGUCAAGAUGAUCCAGGACUCCAAUAAGGUAAAUCCUAAAGACCUAGACCCUAAGUUCGCCUACAUCCAGGUGACCUACGUGGUGCCGUACUUCGAUGAGAAGGAGCAGCAGGAGAAGAGGACGGAUUUUGAGAGGCAUCAUAACAUCAAUCGCUUCGUGUUCGAGACGCCGUUCACUCUGUCCGGGAAGAAGCACGGAGAAGUGGAGGAGCAGUGCAAGCGGCGCACCAUCCUGACCACGAGUUCCAGCUUCCCGUACCUGAAGAAGCGCAUCCAGGUGGUGGAACAGCAGAGCACGGAGAUGAACCCCAUAGAAGUGGCCAUAGAUGAGAUGUCCCACAAGGUGUCUGAGCUCAACCAGCUCUGCAACAUGGAGGAGGUGGACAUGAUCCGGCUGCAGCUGAAACUGCAGGGCAGCGUCAGCGUCAAGGUGAACGCAGGGCCCAUGGCUUAUGCCAGGGCGUUUCUGGAGGAGAAGAAUGCCAAGAAAUACCCAGACAACCAGGUCAAACUGCUUAAAGAAAUCUUCAGGCAGUUCGCAGACACUUGUGGUAAAGCGCUGGAUGUGAACGAGCGUCUGAUCAAGGAGGACCAGGUGGAGUACCAGGAGGAGAUGAGAGCCCACUACCGGGACAUGCUGACGGAGCUGUCUGGCAUCAUGAACGAGCAGCUUCACAACUCCAGCGCCUCCUCUCUCUCUAACAGCUCUCUGUCCACUCUGUCUAAGGCCGAUUGCGCACACAAGGCAGCCAGGAACGGAGCGACACAGCGGCUACUGAACGUCCAGUAGACUAACGAGACGAGGAGGGUUUUUUUUAUUGCUCUGAACAGUGCUAGUUUGAGCCUCCGGGGGCUGGCUUGUUUUUUUUUUCUUUUUUUGACUGCUGCUGCAGGUUGAUGGAACCGUGAUUGUUGGUGAGUGUAGAAAAUGAGGAGAGACGUGUGUAGACUGUGCUCGUGGUAGUCCGUCGUCCUGUUGUUGAACGUUGACUAUCUACAGUAGAGGCCAGGCCGCUGGACUGUUAGUGACCGUUUGUUUUUGGUUUUAGAGAUCGAUCAAGACCCCCCCACCCCCGACGACUGAUUCAUCAGCUUACACACCCACACCUGCAAACAAAACAGUAGAGUGCAUUAGUUCAUACACACCUGCACACAAACACACAACAACGUAGGCCUUCUCUCCACAGCCCCGUCCCUCUAGAGGACAGUGACCUUACUGAGCUCGAGGUGCGUUCAGCCGGUGGACAGGUUCCAGGCGCUUUCUGCUACAUUUUGAUGACAGUUUUUACGAUCUUUUCCCUCUGGAAUCUUUUUGUGCUACCUAAAAACGACUCACGUGGAACUGAAGAUUUGCACAGACCUCUUUAAUAAGCCCAGAAUCUGAGCAGCUGAACGCGCCUCCAGUUCCCGUUUGAAUGUAGAGCAGCUCCACAUUGCUACUUUGUAUCCGUGAUAACAUUAUGGGAAUAUCAGUUUGGCAAUUUUCAAACGGAAACGAAAAAAAAAUGUUUUAUAAAACUUUUUAAAAUUGCAUUGUUACUGUUAUUGUUUCCUUUACUGUUUUGAAUUGUAAAUAAGAAAUAAUAAUAUUUAAAAUGUUUGAACUUUUUUUUAUAAAUAUACAGUAUAUAAAUAUUUGUUUAGCGGAAUUUAAAAAAGAACGAAGACUACGUUUUAUGUAUAACAUUUAAAUAAAAUUUUGCUAAUGUCCCAAAUUCA